GAACCAGGCUGGGCGCUCGUCGCGGAGGGGGUGGGGGCGCAGGGAGCGGGAGCCGCCACCGCCGCCAGAGCUAACCGCGGGGACCGAGAUGCAGGUGGGACCGGAACCGGAACCCCCCUCUUCAAGUGCCUCUUCCCUCUCCGCGACCCGGUCCCGGCGCCCGAGAGGAUCCCUGGGGUGGGAGUGGGCGUGGAGGGCCGGGGGCUGGAGGGGCACUCGUCCGGGAGAGUGCAGCGGACUGGGCUAUUCCCGCGGCGGUUGCGGCCCCGGGGAAUGGGCGGCUGGGGGAUGUCCAGGGAGUAGGGUCAGGUCGGAGUGGAUGGACCACCGGGCCCGGAGGGUCCGAGCCGGGAGCGGAGCCAGCACCCUCCACCACCCGCCCUUCGGGAAAUAUCAGAACUGACCCAAGAGGCAGGUGCACCGGGAAAAUGUGUCUGAGUCCUGCUUGGCAGAAGAGAAACUGAGUCACCAGCUCAGGAGCCGCAGGAUCAGCGGGCCUGAAGGGGGCUGGGUCUGUCUGCGGUGCAGAGGGUUGGGUGGGCCUGUGUGAGUCGAGGUGGCCGCUGGCUGGAGAUUGGUCUCUGCUGUGUCUGCACCUCUUGGCUGUGUUCCCCCGUGCUCCAUGACUCCUGCAUCUCCUGGCUGCUUCUCGUUAGUUUGGAGUUGUCCCUGCGGUUGGAGCCAUCUGAGUGUGUAGGGCCGAGGCCAAGGAGGAAGGGGAGGCGUCGCCGACUUACUGCCUGGCUCUGGGUUUGAACAGGAGUCUGAGGUCGCGGAGGGUUUGGGGAGACUUUACUGAGCUCCCCUGGCCCCAGUCCUGGGGCUGUCACCUUUCAGUAUUGCGUCGGGAGAGGAGCGCUAACAAAAGAGCCACGGGUUGUAAAUUCCACACCCAGCUCUGCCACUUUCUAGUUCUAAGACCUUGAGAGGGCUCCUCCUUUCUCUAAUUUUAAUUUCUCUUUUAGAAAAUUGGAACUAUAAUAUUCUCCCCUAUGAAGAUGGUAACAAUGGCAGUCGUUUAGCGGGUGCUUACUUUUCGUUCAGCGCUGACAUAUCCCAUUCCAUGUAGUUCUCUCAACACUUUGAGGUGGGAGGGAUCAUUAGCUCUGUUUAACAUAAAAAAAACAGAGGCUCAGAGAGGACGUGGAAUUUGUUCAGGAUCACAUUGCUCAUAAGAUGGCUGGGCUGGGCGCUUAUAGGGUGGUUUCAGCACUGGUCUGACUCCAGAGCCCAUGGCCUUAACCAGUAGGCUAGCCUGCCUUUAGGGCAUACACCCCAGUGGGAGGAGAGGAAGGUGAAAACUCUUAGGGCCCCAGCUCUCCCUGUAAUGUUUUGUUUAUGUGAGGCCAGCAAAGACUUGACCUGACCCACCCAGUUUCUCCUGUGGGGCCCCUGCGGCCUCUGGCCCCAGAGGAGAUAUCAAAGAAGGGAUACCAGAGAAGUGGGCUCUUACCAUUUCAAGUCUCCUUCACACAGUGCUUGGUUGCUGGACUCUGGGGUCAGCUUUCAAGACAACUGUUUGGUCCAUCAUGCAUCCAUUCUCCUUAAUGAAUCUCCACCUCCAACGAGCUGGAUCCUAAGAUCCGUGAGGCAGGCUCUCUAAGGUCUAGAGUCCCAGCUCCCCUCUGUCCCCCUGCGAGCUGGGGCGGUGAGGUGCUAUGGCUGAGGCUGGCCCAGCUGGUCCCUGGGGACAAGGACUAUGGAGUGGGGAAAAAGGUAGAUUUGGAGUUCUGAGAGUUUUCUGAGCUUCGGUUUCCUCAUCUGUUCUAGAGGUCAUUGAAACCUCUCACAGGGAAAGGUAAGAUAACCACGUGGGAACCUCUAGAAUGGCUCAUGGGAAGUAUGACGUCAAUAUUGGAGGAUCUGACUUAGAGAAGGGGGGUGAUCUGGAAAAGAUCUCUUUUUUGGGGGGAAGGUGCUCCAUAGCCCUCUACCACUGGAUCCAAAGCUAAGGAAAGUGGGGGUGAACAUGGCAGGCUAGCUAGACACUGGUGCUAGUUGCCUGGGGCCUUCGGGGUGCCAGGAUCUAGGAGAGGAAAGGAAGGUGUUGGGGUUCCUUCCCCGUUGCUCUCUGCGGAGUCUGAAGCAGGGUUGGACCUCUCUGGCUGGGGGUAGGACGCAGCCCCCAAUGCGCCCUCAGCAGUGACCCUCGUGUGUGCCUCUCUCUUCCUUUCGCAGCUGCUGCCGCCCACCCGUCUUCUGGCCGCCUCCCUCUUUGCGCCCCACAGGCUCCCCCUCUCCACCUCCUGGGGCCCAUCAUGAAUGGUGCCCCUUCCCCAGAGGACGGGGCCUCCCCCUCGUCUCCCCCGCUGCCCCCACCCCCGCCCCCUAGUUGGCGGGAGUUCUGUGAGUCCCAUGCCCGGGCUGCUGCCCUGGACUUUGCCCGCCGUUUUCGCCUCUACCUGGCCUCCCACCCCCAAUAUGCGGGGCCCGGGGCUGAGGCUGCCUUCUCCCGCCGUUUUGCCGAGCUCUUCCUGCAGCACUUUGAAGCGGAGGUGGCCCGGGCCUCUGGCUCCCUGUCACCACCCAUCCUGGCUCCCCUGAGCCCUGGUGCGGAGAUAUCACCACAUGACCUGUCCCUUGAGAGCUGCAGGGUGGGUGGGCCCCUGGCUGUGCUGGGCCCUUCUCGAUCAUCUGAGGACCUGGCCGGCCCCCUCCCUUCCUCAGUCUCUUCCUCCUCUACGACCUCGAAGCCGAAGCUCAAGAAGCGCUUCUCCCUGCGCUCAGUGGGUCGCUCUGUCCGAGGCUCAGUCCGUGGCAUCCUGCAGUGGCGGGGGACCGUUGACCCUCCCACCCCGGCUGGGCCCCUGGAUGCCUCAUCAGGCCCCCCAGUCUUAGGUGGAAACAGCAACUCCAACUCCUCUGGCGGGGCUGGGACCAUUGGUAGGGGACUGGUCAGUGAUGGAACAUCUCCUGGGGAAAGAUGGACUCACCGUUUUGAGAGGCUGAGACUCAGUCGGGGAGGGGGCGCCUUGAAGGAUGGAGCAGGGAUGGUGCAGAGGGAAGAGCUGCUGAGUUUCAUGGGGGCUGAAGAGGCAGCCCCUGACCUAGCCGGAGUGGGCCGGGGAGGAGGGGCGGCUGGUCCUUCUUCAGGGGGAGGAGGGCAGCCUCAGUGGCAAAAGUGUCGCCUGCUGCUUCGAAGUGAAGGAGAAGGAGGAGGAGGAAGUCGCCUGGAGUUCUUUGUACCACCCAAGGCCUCUCGGCCUCGACUCAGCAUCCCCUGCUCUUCUAUCACGGAUGUCCGGACAACCACAGCCCUGGAGAUGCCUGACCGGGAGAACACGUUUGUGGUUAAGGUGGAAGGCCCCUCCGAGUAUAUUCUGGAGACAGUGGAUGCCCAGCAUGUGAAGGCCUGGGUGUCUGACAUCCAAGAAUGCCUGAGCCCAGGACCCUGCCCUGCUACCAGUCCCCGCCCCAUGACCCUCCCUCUGGCCCCUGGGACCUCAUUCCUUACAAGGGAGAACACAGACAGCCUGGAGCUGUCCUGCCUGAAUCACUCGGAGAGUCUUCCCAGCCAGGACCUGCUGCUGGGACCCAGUGAGAGCAAUGACCGCCUGUCGCAGGAGUUGCCCCCCCGCAUCCCCAUUGAAGAGGGACCCCCAGCAGGGACAGUUCAUCCCCUUUCAGCCCCCUACCCUCCCUUGGACACUCCGGAAACAGUGACAGGGUCCUUCCUGUUCCAGGGGGAGCCAGAGGGCGGUGAGGGGGACCAGCCCCUCUCAGGGUAUCCUUGGUUCCACGGGAUGCUGUCCCGGCUCAAGGCUGCGCAGCUGGUGCUGACUGGUGGCACUGGCUCCCACGGUGUCUUCCUGGUGCGCCAGAGUGAGACAAGACGAGGUGAAUAUGUCCUCACCUUCAACUUCCAGGGCAAGGCCAAGCACCUGCGUUUGUCGCUGAACGAGGAGGGUCAGUGCCGGGUCCAGCACCUGUGGUUCCAGACCAUUUUCGAUAUGCUCGAGCACUUCCGGGUGCACCCCAUCCCUCUGGAGUCUGGAGGCUCCAGUGAUGUUGUCCUUGUCAGCUAUGUCCCAUUCUCCCAGCGACAGCAGGGCCGGAAGCAGGCCGGGAGCCAUGCGGGGGUGUGCGAGGGAGAUGGAUGCCACCCCGAUGCCUCCUGCACCCUCAUGCCCUUCGGAGCGAGUGACUGUGUAACCGAACACCUCCCAUGACCCACCCCAGCCCCCUGAACCCCCUUCAUGGACAGAUCCCCCACAGCCUGGGGCAGAAGAGGCGUCGAGGGCGCCAGAAGUGGCGGCAGCAGCAGCCGCAGCAGCCAAAGAGAGGCAAGAGAAAGAGAAAGCGGGCGGUGGAGGGGUCCCGGAAGAGCUGGUCCCCGUGGUUGAGCUGGUCCCCGUGGUUGAAUUGGAAGAGGCCAUAGCCCCAGGCUUGGAGGCCCAGAGCGGUGCCGGGUCUGGUGCAGACUCGGGGGUGCCCCCGAUGGUACAACUGCAGCAGUCACCAUUAGGGGGUGAUGGAGAGGAAGGGGGCCACCCCAGGGCCAUUAACAACCAGUACUCCUUUGUGUGAGAUGACCCCACCCAAUCUGCCCUUUUGCCCCCCCAGCCCUGCUCAUGAGAUUGGGCUUUGUAGGGACAGAAGAGGCUGAAACCCCUCCCCCAUGCUUCCUGACCCUUGUCUGCCAAGGGCAUCUUCAAUGGUACAAGCAGAGAUUUGGGAGCCUGUUUGCUCCCGUCAUACACUACAGGUCCCCUCCCCAGGGCAGGGGAUUUGGGCUCCAUGGCCUCCCUGAGGGGCUCUUCUGGUCAGCCCCACCCUGGGGGCCAUUUCCCCAUUAACCACCCCCAGCCCGAGGCAGGGUAAGGGGGAAGGGCUGUCAGUUAUAUUAAGGUGGUUGUUGUUGUUGUUUUAAACAAAAUGGAGAAGCAUAAAUAAAAAGGUUUAUCUGGGUUCUAUCAUGA